GAGAGAGAGGAUUUAGUCCUUGCAGUGUCUUUUUCCGUCCAACACAACAAGCUUAUUACCUUUCUCUCCACGCGCCGGGAAACGGAUUUAGGCGUACGCAGAGAGGAGGACUAGUAGGAUGCUGAGUGUCGUUCCUCCUUGCCACUGCUCUCCACCCUUCUCUCCAUGACCUGAGAGCACAAACGUAGUGGGAGGAACGAAACACCAGAGAGUGGAAGAGGAGGGCAGAAGGCCAGGGAAGGAAGAAAGGAAGGAAGGAACGUAUUCUUUUGACGUUGUUGUUUGUUUUCCCUUUUCAAAAUGGCAACAACAGAAGCCAGCACAGUACCAGUGGUCGAGGAAGAUGGGAAAGCUCCUGAAACCAAGACAGUGGAGGUGGAGCAGCCACCUAAAAAUGCCAACGCAAACUCAGAUACUGUCAACAGCGAGGUUGUCGAUAAUGAUGGCAUAGCGGUCAACAGUGAGGUUGUCGACAACAAAGAGACUGUGAAUAACGACACAGCGGCAGCAGGAGCCGAGGAGGGAGCAGAAGCAGCCAGUGGUGAGGCAGCACCUCCUCAGAGUUCAGAAAAUGCCUCCUCUACUGAGCCCAAGACCUCUUUCCUAGACUCCUUCCUUAACAAGAGUGGCCUGGGGAAGGUGAUGGGAGGGAGGAAGAAGAAGGAGCAGAGCACAGCUGCAGGAGGAGAAGAGAAUGCAGCUGAAGGUGGGGAGAAAGAGGGAGAAAAGGGAGGAGAAGAGACUGCAGUGGCAGAGGGAGGAACAGAAGAAGGGCUGGAAGGAGAUGCAGGAACAGAGAAACCUGCUGAGCAUGGAGAAAAGGAAGGGGAGAAGAAAGCAGAGAAAGGCAAACAGGCAGAGCCUAAAUCCACAGUUCGAGAUCUGAUCAGGAAGCCAGUAGCCAGAAUUUUCUCCCAUCGUAGCACUGAAAAGAAGGAUGGAGCCACCGCAGAACCUCAGAAGCAGGUCAGGUCCAAAUCUCUGGAUCGGCUGGAGGAUCCUGAAACACUUAACACCACUGCAGACUCCACUACGGAGGGAGGAGCAGCAGGUGGAGCAGAGGGAGGUGUCGAGGGAGAGCAAAAAGCUUCAUCUUCCUCAGCAACGACCAAGCACAUGAAGCGCUGGCAUUCCUUCAAGAAGCUCAUGGCUCAGAAAGCACACAAGAAGAGUGGGGGAGGAGGAGAAGAUGGGAAGGAAGAGGGAGCAGAGGCAGGAGAAGGGGGUGGUGGAGACUCUUCCACAUUGGACUCCAAGGAGUCAGGCCAAAAGAGGUGGAAGCUCAAACGUUCCUGGACCUUUCAGGGCAUGAAGAGGGACACAUCCAUGGGCGGCAUCAGCAGCAAAGCCAAGAGCUCAGAUAAAGACUCCUCUGACAACGUCAAACUGGAGGAGGCAGCAGCAGGAGGAGGAGAGGGAGAAGAGGCUAAGGCAGAGGGAGGAGCAGAGGAGGCCAAGAUGGAUGUAAGUGAGGAGAAGGAGAAAGCUGAAGGAGGUGAUGAGGAGAAAGCAGCAGCAGCAGGAGGUGGAACAGUGACACAUCAUGCUAGCGACAUCUGGACCUCCUUCAAGAAGAGGGUCAUCCCGAAGUCCAAACGCUCCAACACGGAAUGUGCCCCCAGUGGUGAGGAAGAUGCAACUGCAACUCACGCAUCAGCAGGAGAGGAAGGUCUAACAGAAGAAGGCAAAGAUGGAAAGUCUGCCAAGGCCAGGCGCUCACACUUUGGACGGGCAGUUUCCCUGAAGAACUUCAUUAUGCGAAAGGGCAGGUCCACCAGUGUGGAGCUGGGAGAAGGCACCAAGGAAGAGGAGGAGGAGGAGGAGCAGGCAGCUGAGGGAGCAGGAGGAGGAGAAGCAGCAGAAGAAGGAGGCACUGAUGGUGAAGCAGCCCCAGCAACUGUGGAGACCAACGACAACACUGUAGCAGCUGAGAAGACGCCGGCAGAAGAAAGCAAAGAGGAAGCACCACAGGAGGCAGAGAAGAUGCCAUCUGAAGUUCCAGUGACCAACGGAGAAAAUAGCUGCUCCAAUGGCACAGUGGAGGAGGAUGCUACACACAAUCACCAGGAAGAGAAGAAAACAGCGGGGAGCAGCCCGGUGAAGAAGAGCAAGGAGGCAGGAGGAGGGAACGAGGAGGCCAACGCCAAACUCAUCAAUGCCACAGCAGCUGUGAACAGUGACAAAAAGGCGGAAAACGUGUGAGGCCACACAAAGAGGAUUAAAACUGCCCGGGAUUCGCUGAGCAAGGAGCUCUGAGCCCUUCCCCUAACUCCUCUUCCUCUUCCUUCCUUCGUCCUCAUCCUCGCCCCUUGAUUCAUCCCUCCUCCCCCCUGAAUAAAUGGAGUAAUCACAUGCUAACAGGUCACCUUGAUAAGAAAGGGAGAAAGAGAGAAAGCAAGAGCGAUGGCGUGAUUCAUGUCACUGUCAAGUUUUUAAAAAAU